GGGAGUGCCACUAGCGCAGAAAGAGCUGAGAAACUAGAGCAAAAAGCCAUGCGGAUGGAUUGUGAUCCUCAGAAGCUCCCGUACUUUUCAGCGGCGCUGGCUUCCCCACGCUCCGCCCUCUCUUGCCCACCCGGAAACAGCCUCGCCCCGCCCACGUAGGCCCCACCCGCAGCGACCAGACGUGCACUCCUCCAGCAGCGGCUGCACGUCGUGCCAAUGGCCCGCUACGAGGAGGUAAGCGUGUCCGGCUUCGAGGAGUUCCACCGGGCCGUGGAACAACACAAUGGCAAGACCAUUUUCGCCUACUUUACGGGUUCUAAGGACGCCGGAGGGAAAAGCUGGUGCCCCGACUGCGUGCAGGCUGAACCAGUCGUACGAGAAGGGCUGAAGCACAUUAGUGAAGGAUGUGUGUUCAUCUACUGCCAAGUAGGAGAAAAGCCUUAUUGGAAAGAUCCAAAUAAUGACUUCAGAAAAAACUUGAAAGUAACAGCAGUGCCUACACUACUUAAGUAUGGAACACCUCAAAAACUGGUAGAAUCUGAGUGUCUUCAGGCCAACCUGGUGGAAAUGUUGUUCUCUGAAGAUUAAGAUUUUAGGAUGGCAAUGAUGUCUUGAUUUCCUGAUUUGUUCUAGUAUCAAUAAACUGUAUACUUGCUUUGAAUUCAUGUUAGCAAUAAAUGAUGUUAAAAAACUGGCAUGUGUCUAAACAAUAGAGUGCUAUUAAAAUGCCCAUGAACCUUUAA